AUGUCUUCGACAACGAUUACCGAGACGGCACCCGCCAAGAUCUCUCUGCAAAAUGAGGACUUGAAACCCCCGAAGCCACAGGGUCUCGCUGCCUGCGCCACAGGGGGGUAUGAACUUGCAGGCAUUCCCAAGAUUGACGACCCCUACAAGAAAAGGCAGUGGCAGCUCGAGCACAUGGCCGGCGCGUUCAGGGUUUUUGCUCGCAAGGGCUUCACUGAGGGUACUGCUGGCCACAUCAGUGUCCGUGACCCAGUAGACCCAAAUACCUUCUGGAUCAACCCACUCGGCGUACACUUUGGCAUGCUCAAGGCGAGUGACAUGGUUCAUGUGAAUGAAGAGGGCCAAGUAAUCGGCGGAAACAAGGUUGCCGUCAAUGCUGCCGGUUUCAUGAUCCAUAGCGCCAUCCAUAAAGCUCGCCCCGACAUCAACGCUGCUUGCCAUACGCACUCUGUCUACGGAAAGGCCUGGUCCGCUUUUGGAAAGCCGUUAGAUCUCCUUAACCAGGACAGUUGUACUUUCCAUGGAAUCCAGGCUGUUUAUGAAUCCUUUGGCGGCGUGGUGUUAGAGGCGGAGGAGGGAGAGCACAUUGUGAGCGCACUGGGCAAGGAAGCACGAGUGCUGAUUCUGCAGAACCACGGUCUUUUAACAGCCGGUGGCACAGUUGACGAAGCUGCAUAUCUUUUCACUGCGAUGGAGAGGACGUGUGAGGUUCAGCUUUUGGUCGACAGUGCCAAGUGGGAAAAGAAGCUUAUCGGAAAGGAGGCGGCCCAGUACACUGCUAAUGUGAAUGCCGACCCUGAAACUUUGUACGCGGAGUUCCAGCCUGACCUGGAGUUUGAAAUUUGGCAGUCUCGAGGGGAGCUCAGCAAGGGCAUUUAG